AGGUGUAUUCUAUAGGUGUAAAUGCCAGUCGUGAAGAAUAAGUUCACAUUUUCCAGCCGUUUCAUGCGGACUCAAGUGUACAAUGGCCCCAAAGUGUAUUGGGGAUUGUGCUGGUUUAUUUGUCCUUGGGAUUGCAUUUGAUAUCACCGGGUUCGCCUUACUUUUAGUCGGUAUUUUUGCCAAUCUGCGUUUAAAUGGUACAUUUUACGGAGACUUCCUAAUCUAUACAGGCUCAAUAGUGGUUUUUCUCAGUCUCUUCUGGUGGAUCAUGUGGUACACGGGGAAUAUUAAAGUUUCCUCCGAGGACCUCGAGAAAAGCACUCUGGAUAAUUUUGCGCACUGGGCGCAGAAGCUCUCCAAACGACUAUCCAAAAGCGGGAUGAAGACACUGGAAGCCAAAGAGAAGAGCAUUGGUUACGGCAAGAAAUCAGUGAAUGGCGAUGUGACAACUCUUACGCCAUCGCGGAUAACUUGGGACAAUUCGGGAACGGCUGGAUGUGUCAAUAAUGCUUACGACCGAAGCUCUGAUCUGCCACCAAAAGAGAGGACAGAGGAGCUUGAGAUUCUGAAGAACUCCGAGAUGUUUCUAAAGAGCAACGCGAAUGGUAAGCAGAAAGAUGUGCAUUUUGAUUCUCUAUUGUCAAGAGUCUAAGUAAGAUGAGGAGAACCAGAUAGACUGGAAUGUUUUAAACCAAGCCUACAUUUCUGGACUGGCAGAUUAAUGAAGUCAUUAAUCAGGGAAAUUAUUUUAUAUAUAUAUAUAUAUAUAUAUAUAAAAUACAUUUAUAAGGGUACUUUGCACAUUUUAAUUUAUAAUUACUGAAAUAUAACUAUGCAUUUCAGAUUUUAUGAAUAUUUUCAUCUUUAUUGAAGAGUUUUAGAAAAUGAUAGUUAAAUUAUUUUGGUAUUAUUGUAUCCUCUGGUUGUCAUUUUGUUUUCUACUGUAUUAGCUUUUUAUUACUUAAGCCUAAAUCUCAUUUGAUAUAUAUGUGAUAUAAUUUAGCUUCACAUUUUCACACGUUGUACAGAUCUGUAAAAUUUUAAGUAGGUCAUUUAAUGUUCCAAAAUAAAUUUUAAAAUGUAGUAGUAUAACUAUUUAAAAAAUAUGUAUAUUUCCAAAACACAAUAUUGAAGAACCCACAACCAGUGCUUGAAACUAAUGGAGCUAUCGUAUGCAUUAUUUUACAUAAACCAUUUUUUAAUGGCUUUUAAUUAGUAUGCAAAAUCACCUUUGUUUCUGUUUUCAAUUCUUUACUAGUCAUAUGCAGUUGUACUUGAACUGUUUGUGAACACAAGUAUUGCUAAAUAU